UUUCUGUAAAUACGAAAUAAUUAAGCAAGUUUUUGUAGAAAACCCCCUCAACGAAUAUAGCACGAAUCCCGAGGAAGCGGGAAGAGGAGUUCGUGGCCACGCAGAACGUUGACAAUGGCGGCUAGGGUUCCGAUCCGGCGACUCAUCACCGGUGCUCUCUUCCUCCUCUCUGUAUCUGUAACCCUCCUUCUUCUAUCUAGCUCUUCUGAUCAAGCUCUCUCCUCGUCGGAGAACAAACUCGUCUCCUCGUCGGAUCCCGAGCUUGGAUCCGCUCGCGUUGUCUUUCAGACUAAGUAUGGUGACAUUGAGUUUGGGUUUUACCCUCAUGUUGCUCCCAAAACUGUGGAGCAUAUUUUCAAACUUGUUCGGCUUGGGUGCUAUAAUACAAACCACUUCUUUCGGGUUGACAAGGGUUUUGUUGCACAAGUUGCUGAUGUUGUAGGUGGCAGAACUGCUCCUAUGAAUGAGGAGCAGCGAAAGGAAGCUGAGAAAACUGUUGUGGGUGAAUUUAGCAAAGUAAAACAUGUAAGAGGAAUACUUUCAAUGGGAAGGUACGCUGAUCCAGACAGUGCUGCAUCUUCCUUUUCAAUCCUUCUAGGAGAUGCGCCUCACCUUGAUGGCCAGUAUGCCAUUUUUGGGAAGGUCACAAAAGGAGAUGAGACAUUGAGAAAGCUUGAGGAGCUUCCCACUCGUCAGGAAGGAAUAUUUGUGAUGCCCAUUGAGCGGAUUACCAUACAGUCGACAUACUUUUAUGAUACUGAAAACAGGAAAGCGGUUAUUUGAAGUGAAAGGCUUUUUGUAUCUUACAUCAAAAUAAAAAAAUGGGCAAAGGAUCAGUACCAGUUUAUAGAGGAUUUCCAUCGCCAGGGAGCAGAAACACAUCGGUCUCAAUGAAAACCCAAUUCUGUGAAUCAUAACUUGAUGGUACAAUCCUAACCAGUGCCAAUGCAUACAGUCAAUCUCUAGUAAUUGAUGUUCAUUAUCUUGUUUUGAAUAUUCUGGAUCUUCUAUUUUUAAAGGAGUGUUUCCUGUCACUGUAUGUGGUUAUGAAUUUUAAUUUUAAUAUAUUGUUCAUAUAA